GCAGUGUCCGUCUGACCACACUUCGUGAGUAGGUAAAUCUCCUGGGAGGGGUUGCGCGGCAACUGAUCCCCGAGAUUCAGUCGCGGAGAGCGUGUGCGUUGCGGCGAUGCCCAUCUCACUUUUGACAGCUCGCCGCCUUGCCGUGCGGGCCGUGGUUGUUGCAGGACGCUGUCGCCGACCGCUUUGCAGUCAGCCUGCAGCACACGGGAAGCUGCAGUCCAGCUACUGGCUUGAGCCAUGCACCAAGCCAUUGUCCGAAGACACCCUGGGCACGGGCAUCGACACGGCGGCCCACAAGUGGGGGGACCGCGUGGGGUGGGCCUUUGUUCAGGAAGGCAGGCUCUGCACUUACGCUGAAUACAAGGACCAGGUGGACCGUCUGGCCCAAGGCCUUCUGUCUGCAGGAUUUGCCAAGAGUGACCCCUUGAUGAUCUGGUCACCGAGCACCUUUAAUUGGACUCUUGUGGCCGGUGCUGCAGCCAAAGCCGGUGUACUUUCGGCAAGCACUCACUUUGGCCUGACACCUCCAGAAUUCGAGAAGUGCCUGACGACCGUGAACUUCAAAGGUAUCUACAUUCCGCGACCAUUCAAGAGCUUCAACUACUACGAGAUGCUCUGCUCCUUGAUACCUGAAUUGAAGGAUUCCCCGCCAGGGCAGUUGAAGUCAAAAAAGUAUCCAUCUCUGAGGACUGUCAUCAUUGACAGUGACCAGAGCGUGCCUGGUUGCGUUUCCCUGCGAGAUCUGAUGCAAGGAGGAGAAGCCGACCUGCAGGCAGCACAGAAAAACGUGACCGCCGGUGAUCCGUUCACUAUAGUGUUCACUUCUGGCACGACCGGAGCGCCCAAGGCUGCCGUGCUGAGCCACAGCAAUUUCAUCAACAAUGUCCUCAUGUACGACCAGAGGGCAAAGCUCACGCAGGCCACGGUGAUGUGCAACCCGCUGCCCUUCUUCCACGUGUAUGGCUUGAGUGUCGUGCUGGCUCGCCCACUUGUGCUGGGUGUCAAGGCUGUCGUGCCAGCACCCGCGUAUGAUGCUGCUGCUGUCCUGAAGGCCAUCCAGGAACACAGAUGCACUGAGCUAUGCGGUUCACCUACCAUGUUUUUGGACAUCAUCAACACUCCUUUGAGGAAACAGUUUGACAUCUCAUCUCUCCAACGAGGGGAGUCCGGUGGAACUGUCGUCACCCCUGCGGUACGUAGCCUAGUCCGGGAAGAGCUCAAUGUGAACUUGAGGGUGGGCUAUGGCACGUCCGAGCUGACCACGGCGGCCAUUGUGACAAGCAACGACGACCCUGAUGACAAGCAGCUAAACACUGUCGGUCGACCGCUAGCCGGCCUGGAGGUGAAAAUAGUCGACCCCACCACGGGCGCAGAGCUGCCAGUGGGCACACCAGGAGAAGUCUGGGGUCGUGGUCCCAAUGUCUUCCUUGGCUACUACAAUGAUGAACAGAAGACGAAGGAGGCCAUGACACCUGAAGGCUUUUACAAGACGGGUGAUGUUGGAGUAAUGGAUGACGAUGGCUUUGUGACCAUCAUUAGCCGCCUGAAGGAUGUGGUGAAUCGUGGUGGAGAGAAGGUGUACCCAACUGAAGUGGAGGAGCUGUUUCACACUCAUCCAGCCAUCCAGGAGUGUCAUAUCCUUGGUGUGCCGGAUGGACGGUUAGGUGAGGAGGUGUGUGCCUGGAUUGUACUCAAGCCUGAUGCCAAGGUCACAGAUGGAGAACUCAAGGAGUACUGCAAGGGCAAGCUGAGUCAUUUCAAGAUUCCUCGCUACUUUAUCUACGAUGCCAAUGUUCCCAGGACGCCAAUUGGAAAACCACAGAAGGCUCGAAUGCGACUAUUGGCCUCUGAAAAGCUCGGUCUUGCAGGAUGAGCCCAAUGGAUGUCUGUGAUCUGUGCCUUACAAUAUAUUGUUUUCUAAUACA